AGUCUCACCGGCUACGUCUCUCUCUUCCUCCAAUCCCUCAUUUGCUCGAACUCCUCGUUUCCUCCUCUUGCUACUUUGAGUUCUAGGGUUAGGGUUUCCAAUUCUCUCUCAGGGUGUCAUUACAAAUGGCGUUGAGGAGAUUCUACAACGAGAUCAAGGGGUUGAAGGUGAAGGAAUUGCCCAGCUAUGUGAAGCCGAUGCUGUCCGUCGACUACGCGAAGAAGACGGUGCAGAGAGGCUUGGACAAUUACCACGCCAAGUACAUCCAGACCAGCUCCGUCGAUCCUCUCUUCCAUGUCUGCUUCGGGGGCAUGAUCUUUUCCUACCUCGUCGCUCUUCCUGAGGAGCGUCGCCACCUCGAGCACCAGCAGCACGCCAAGGAGCAUGGCCAUUGAUCUCAAUUGGUUAAUGAGGGCUUUGGGUGUUGGUUCUCCAAUAAAAUUUACUUGGCCAUCGGGUAUCUUGCCUAUUACCUUUGUAAUUUGACCAUUGAAUGAGUUGUUAGUAAUAAACAACUUCUGUCAUUUAAUGUAUUCUGCUGCUGAUUUUGUUAUCGAAAAAUGAUUUGUCUUUGUGCCUUCCUUUACAUUAGUAUUAAUGUGGGUUGGAGGUGAAAUCCUUUGCUCUCUGUUUAAUUUUUGAAGGGUUUAUACAAAAUGUAUUUCAUUUGAUGCUUUCAUUGUUCUACUUUGGUCCUGGCAUUUUGAGGCUGGGAAGUUGGCACAAGGCAAUCUUUUUCGUUUCA